GCCUACGGAAGUGCACCUGACUAAGCGGAAAUAGAAGGUCUCCGAAGCUAGGAAGGUGGACACCGGAGGAACCGUGAAGCUGGCUUCAGCUUCACCUCCCUCACUGAUAGCAUGGGGGAGAAGUCAGAGAAUGGUAAGACUCCAGCAGAUCUGUUCAGUGGGUUGAAGCUUACAGAUCCCCAGGAAGCAGAAUGUGCCAGUGCUCCAGUUCCUGAUCCCAAACAUGAGAAUCCCCAGAGCAAGCUGCUCAAGGGUGAUGAGGCCCAUCCCCAGGAGGAUCAGGCAGAGGAUCAGGCAGAAGAGGAGUGUUUUCACGACUGCCGUGCCUCAUUUGAGGAGGGGGAUCCAGGAAUGGACAAGGUUGAGAGCAAACCUAAUGAUGUGAAUUCCUCUGAACUGGAUGAAGAAUACCUAAUAGAACUGGAAAAAAACAUGCCAGAAGAAGAGAAACAGAGAAGAAGAGAAGAGAGCACUAGAUUAAAGGAGGAGGGAAAUGAACAGUUUAAGAAAGGAGAUUAUAUAGAAGCUGAAAGUUCAUAUAGUCAAGCCCUUCAGAUGUGCCCAUCCUGCUUCCAGAAAGACAGGUCUAUUCUGUUUUCAAAUAGAGCUGCUGCAAGGAUGAAACAGGACAAGAAAGACAUGGCCAUCAGUGACUGCAGUAAAGCAAUUCAGUUAAACCCCAGCUACAUCAGGGCAAUAUUGAGGAGAGCGGAGUUGUACGAAAAAACGGACAAGCUAGAUGAAGCCCUAGAAGACUAUAAAUCUGUAUUAGAAAAAGAUCCAUCAAUACAUCAAGCAAGAGAAGCUUGCAUGAGAUUACCUAAGCAAAUUGAAGAACGUAAUGAAAGACUGAAAGAAGAGAUGUUAGGUAAACUAAAAGAUCUCGGGAACUUGGUUCUCCGACCUUUUGGGCUCUCCACAGAAAAUUUCCAGAUCAAACAGGAUUCUUCCACUGGCUCCUACUCUAUCAAUUUUGUUCAAAAUCCAAAUAACAACAGAUAACAAAGAUAACAAUAGUGUUAAAAGCUGCCUUGGAAAUUGUGUGCUGCUUGCUGUUAACAAGAAGCGAGGCCUGCCAAUAUUUAACUUUUCAAAGCCGCUUAUCUAAAGGAAAGGCUGUGCAGUAGAGCCUAGUGCUCCCUCCUUGCUCUUGUUUCAUAAUCAGAGUAAUACGCACUUCCUGAUAAAAUGAGCCUAAUUUGAUUUCGAUUUUAAGGUUUUCUGUGCAGCUGUUAUCCCUGGGUCUGGCUGUCCUUUGUCUAGGAAAUUCUGCUUGUCAAGACUGAUGUCUCUGAACAUACCACACACACAUACACGGACACAAAUGCGCGCACGUGCGCACAUCUUUCCUAACCCAAGCACACGUGUCGGGUGGGACACUGCCCAGACAUAGCUGACAGGGCUCCCUCUGCGUCCCUUCCCUGAUCACACGCGCUGUCAAGGUUGCUGUGUGUGGAUGGUCUCCAGCAUUUCCCAAUUUCCUCUGCAGUAAUAAAAGCUUUCUGUGAUA